AUGUUCCAGCGACUCAAGGGCGCCAUCGACCGGACCAUCGCCGAGGAACAAGCCCGACAACAACGAGCCAGCCUCGAGGCGCAACGGCCGCUCGCCUCCACACAAGGGGCUGCUGCUGGGCCCCGUCGCUCACGGUCCUCGAGCACCGCGGGCGGAACACAAUCACCAGCUCGACGUCCACGGCCGAGCAAGAAACCCAGCGAAGACUUGAGAUCUUCUUCGUUGACGCAGGAUCCGAACGCGAAUGGCGAGGGGGUCAACCCGGACCCUGCUGUAUUCGAAGCUGCCUUUGUGAUUGACGAUAUGGACGACUCGGCUGCUCCGUCGAGGGUAGCUACGCCGUUGUCGACCGAAAAGGAAGGGAAGGGUGAUGCCGGGUCAGGCAAUGGAGCAGCUACGAAUAACACCGGCGACUCCUCGUCAACAACUGAUAAUGGAGAAGCCUCUAACAAGGGCAACACGGAGAAUAAUGAUGCCCCGACUGCUACGUCCACGAUGUCGGAGGUGCCACCAGAAGUGCGUGCUCGGCUGCGAAAGCUGGACAAGCUGGAGAAGACAUACCCAGAACUCCUCCGGUCGUACCGCAUUGCCCACAGCCGAGCAACAUCCAUCGAACCGUUUGAAAAAGCACUCCGGGAAAACACCCCCCUGACGUCCAUCAAAGACCCCGAGUCCCUGGUCGAAUACCUGAACCAGAUCAACCUCAAGGGCGACAUGGUCAUGGAGGAGCUGAAACGCGUGACGGCAGAGAAGGACAGCUUCAAGAAGAGGGCGAGCGAGGCCGACAAGGAGCUGAUAGCAGCCAAGGAAGAGCUCGCCGCUCUGAAAUCAAAAGCUGCACAAACCGAGAAGGCUACCUCUCCCGUGGCCAAGGAUGAUCCAUCCAAGCCCGCUGACGAGAAGGAUGUCCCGGAUGCGCCCCCGGAAACCAAAUCAAGGAAGGAAGAGUCCGCCGAAGGCGAAAAGGGGGAAGACUUCUUCUCGUACGACGACGAGAUCCCUCAACUACAGGCCGAGGUCCAAAAGAAGUCGGAGGAGGUCGAGAAGCUCCAAGCCGAAGUCCACACCCUGAAAGACGAGCUCUCCCUCGCAAAGGAGCACAGCGCAGGUCUAGUCGAAACGCUUGAGAACACGGCGCGGGAGCUCAGCGAGACCAAGGACGCCGUUGCCGUCAAGGCCGCGAUCGAAACCCAGCUCGAGGCGAGAAACACCGAGAUCGCCACGCUCACCGACCGCCUCGACAAAGCACAGUCGAAGCUCAAGGACGUCGAGGCUCAAGUGGAGAAGGCAAAGGCCGACGGCGCUGACGGGGUGAAGGACAAGGUUGCCCAGCUCACGGCGUCGCAGUCUCGGAACAAGGAGCUCGAGACGGAGCUGGAGGAGGCUAGCAAGGCCAAGUCGACGUUAGACCAAAAGAUCAAGACGCUCGGGUCGGAGAUCGAAACUCUCAAGAAGGCCAAGGCGGCGGACGAGUCCAAGAUUGCCGAGCUCACCAAGAAGAUUCAAACAACACCCGCGCCAGCUCCACCUCCGACCCUCACUAUCCCCGUGCCAACCGCUGGGCCGAAACCCGAGGCUACCCUUGCACCUCCACCCGCGGGAGGUGGCAAGAAGAAGAACAGGAAGAAGAAGAAGGGCGGUGGUGGUGGUGGUGCCCCUGCCGCCGCCGCCGCCGCCGAACCGACACCCAGCGAAGCCUCCACCGCCGACUUGGCCCCGCCCUCCCCAGCCGAAAGCACCUCAAACAAAGCCCUCCAAGCCGAGCUAACCCGCCUGCAAGAAGAGCUGGCCACCAAGGAUGAGCGGAUCGAGAAGCUGUCCCGGCAGCGCAAGACGGAGGAGGACCUGCGGGAGGAGAUUGAAAACCUCCAGGAGAACCUAAUGGCCAUCGGCCAGGACCACGUCGAGGCCAAGGAGAAAAUCAAGGCGCUGCUGGCCGAGAAGAAGGCCUUACAAGAACGCAUCGCCGAGCUGGAGAAGGAGGUGGAGACGUCUGCCACCUCCGCCGCCGCCUCCGCUGCCGCCGCCACCCGGGGCAACACGGCGCUCCAGGAGGAAUUCGACAGCCUCAAACUGAAAUCGACCACGCUGCAAUCCGACCUGGCUGCCGCCCAGCAGCUGGCGCAGACCCGAUACAAGGACCUGACCGAGCUUCGGGAGGUGCUGCAAAAGGCGCAGCCAGAGCUGAAAACCCUCCGGCAGGACGCGGCGGCGCUCAAGACGGCGCGGGAGGAGCUGGCGGCAAAGAACAACGAACUGCGGGCGCUCGAAAAGCGCGAGAAGGACACCAAAGCCGAACUCACCCGGUCGCAGCGUCUAGCGACCGACCGCGAGGGCGAGAUCAAGACCCUCCACGACAAAGUCACCGCCGAAACCAACGCCCGCCUACGCCUGGAAGACGAGAAACGCGUCGCCGGCCGCGAUCUCCGCCGCUCCGAAGCCGAGAAAAUCGAAAUCUCCGCGCGCGAGGAGAAAGCCACCCGCGAACUCCAGCGCAUCCAAGACGACGCCGCCCAACUCCGCCCCCGCCUCCGCGCCCUCGAAGAAGAAGUCGCCCGCCGCACCACCGAACAAGAAGCCCUGCGCGAAGAAGUCCAACUCAAAACCAGCCAGUACAGCAACGCGCAGAACCUCCUCGGCAGCAUGCGCGACCAAACAGCCGAAGUCAGCCUCCAACUCCGCGAGAGCCAGUCCCAGUGCGAGAGCCUCGACGACGAGCUGGCCGAGGCCCGCAAGAUGCUCAGCGAGCGCACCCGCGAAGCCGAGACCAUGCGCCGCUUGCUGGCCGACGUUGACGAGCGCGCCGACGGUAAAGUCCGCGAGAUGCGCGCCCGUCUGGACGCCGCCGUCGAAGACCGCGACCGCCUCGAGGACGAAUCCGCCGCCCUCGCCCGGCGCAAGACCCGCGAGACCGAAGACCUGCGCCAGCGUGUGCGCGAUCUCGAGCGGGAAACAAAGACACUCGUUGCCGAACGCGACGAACUGGAGCAUCAAGCCAGCGAGUGGCGGCGCCGGCGCGAGGCCCUCGAAGCUCACGAAGAGCGCGCGGAAGCAGAGGUCGUCGAGAUGCGCACCACGGUAUCCAACCUGCGGUCCACCCUCGACGGGUCUGAGCAGCAGGUGCGCGACACGGAAAAGAAGAACACCGAGUUACGCCGUGCUCUCGACGAUUACCGCGUGCGGUAUGACAAGCUGGCCAAGGAGUCCAAAACCCUACAAGCCCGGCUCGCAUCUCCAGCAGUAACAUCAUCAUCUGCAGCGAGUGCAGUAGACCCCAGUGGCCGCAGUUCCAUCGAUUCCACACGGUCGACUAGUCUGAGCAGUGUGGCCAACGGAGCCGCGGCGAGCCAGGACGCCAUGUACCUCAAGACCAUUCUGCUGCAGUUUCUGGAGCAAAAGGAUAAUCGGUUGCGCGCGCAGCUGGUGCCGGUGCUGGGGAAGCUGCUCAAGUUUGAUAAAUCGGACGAGCAGAAAUGGCUGGCUGCUAUCCAGCAUAUCAGCAACCGGUAG